AUGCAAGUGCCACUUCUUCGUCUGCAAUGCGGUGUCAACAGCUACGACUGGGGCAAGGUCGGCCAAGAGUCGACUGCCGCCAAGUAUGCGGCCACCACAGCUGCCCCGGAUUUCGCGAUCGAGGCUGAGAAGCCUUACGCUGAACUCUGGAUGGGCACCCACCCUUCGCUUCCCUCCAAAGAUGUCGAGACCCAGCGUACCCUCCUUGAUCUGGUCCAGGACAACCAGGCCCUUUUGUCGACACAAAUCAACGAGAGAUUCGGAGGAAGACUCCCGUUCCUGUUCAAGGUGCUUUCCAUCCGCAAAGCCUUGAGUAUCCAGGCCCACCCCAACAAAAAGUUGGCCGAGCAGCUGCAUGCCAGAGACUCGAAGAAUUACCCUGAUGACAACCACAAGCCCGAGAUGACCAUUGCCAUUACACCGUUCGAGGGCGUGUGCGGCUUCCGCCCUUUGGCCGAGAUUACCCAUUUCCUUCAGGCCGUGAAGCCUCUGCGCAAUCUUGUUGGCGACAAAGCUGCAAGCGCAUUUGAGCAGACUGUCAAGGGCAAUGAGGAUUCCGAAGAUUCCACAGUCAUCCAAACUAACAAGGAGGCCCUCCGCUCCCUGUUCACAUGCCUGAUGGAGUCGUCGCCCGAGAACAUCGAGUCAGCCACCAGCGAUCUCCUGUCAAUCGCAGAGAGCAGCCCUGACAGCUUUGCCAUCCUGCCCGGUGAGGAGGAGACAAACCCCUCGAACCCCAGCGAGAUUGCUGCGCUCGUGACGCGACUGAACGGCCAAUUCCCUAACGAUAUCGGUUUGUUCGUGUUCUUCUUCCUCAACUUCGUCAAGCUACAGCCAGGCGAGGCCAUGUUCCUUAAAGCCGAUGACAUUCAUGCAUACAUCUCCGGUGAUAUUAUUGAGUGUAUGGCUUCCUCCGACAACGUCGUUCGCGCUGGAUUUACCCCUAAGUUCAAGGAUGUGGACACCCUCACCCAGAUGUUGACCUACUCCUACGCCCCCAUCGAAGAGCAGAAGCUCCAGGCAACGGACUAUCCUUACGCCGUCCUGAACGCCACUGCAUACUCGAGCGCCUCCUCGGCCAUGCUCUACGAUCCUCCCAUUGACGAGUUCAGCGUUGUCAAGACGGAUCUGAACCGCAAGGGUGCCAAGGUCACUUUCGACCCGAUCGACGGUCCCAGCAUUAUCAUUUGCACACGUGGCCAGGGUAAGAUCACUGUCGGAAACAAGACCGAGGAAGUCAAGGAGGGCUACGUGUUCUUUGUUGGUGCCACCGCCGAGUGCAUUAUUGAGGACACUGCUAGUGGAGAGGACGAAGAUGAUGUCUUCACCACUUACAAGGCGUUCUGCGAGUUGCCCGGUGAGGAAAAUGCGCCCGAUGAUCAAUAG